GACGACGACGUCAAAUCAUGAACGCGGCAUUACUCUCGUUGACUUUGUGCCGGAUGUCGUCAUCUUGUCAGGGACAUACAGGAAAUGAAAAAGGCCCCAAUUCGAUACAAGCAGAAAUGUACAGCUCUGAUAACAACACCAGUGAUAUUGUUCACUUUCAAAUGGAGGACUAAUGUUGACCCUCGGAAUCCAUGGAGGCCCAUGAAGAAAAGCCAAUAAUCUACACCAUGGAAAACAAGCCGAUUGUGACAUGUGCUGGCGACCAGAGCCUGUUCACUUCUCUCUACACCUCUCUGGCACAGCAGUUACCCAGGGAGCCCAUGGAGUGGAGGAGGUCCUACGGACGCGCACCAAAGAUGAUUCACCUCGAGGCCAACUUUGUUCAGUUCAAAGAGGAGCUGCUUCCUAAGGAUGGAAACAGAGCCCUGCUCACCUUCCCCUUCCUGCACAUAUACUGGACAGACUGUUGUGACACCGAGAUGUACAAGGCGUCGGUGAAGGAUGACAUGCUGCGGUGGCAGAGCACCCUGCGGCUGCACGGCUCGGUGGACUGGCUCAUCGUGGUGGUGGAGAGCGAAGCCAAGAAGAAGAACAAGACUAACAUCCUGCCGCGCACCUCCAUCGUGGACAAGAUCCGCAACGACUUCUGCAACAAGCAGAGCGACAGGUGUGUGGUUCUGUCGGACCCUCUGAAGGAGUCGUCUCGGUCCCAGGAUUCGUGGAGCUCCUUCCUGACCAAGUUGCGCACCUUGCUGCUCAUGUCCUUCACCAAGAACCUGGGCCGCUUCGAGGAUGACAUGCGCACGCUCCGCGAGAAACGCACCGAGCCCGGCUGGAGCUUCUGCGACUACUUCAUGGUGCAGGAGGAGUUGGCCUUUGUGUUUGAGAUGCUGCAGCAGUUUGAGGAUGCUCUGGUCCAGUACGACGAGCUGGACGCUCUCUUCACUCAGUAUGUCCUCAACUUUGGGGCUGGAGACGGGGCCAACUGGCUGGGCUCGUUCUGUGCCCCGGUGAAGCGCUGGAGCGGGCUGCUCCUGCGGCGGCCCAUCGACAUGGAGAAGCGCGAGCUGAUCCAGCACGGCGAAGCCAGCCUGCUGGACCUGCGCAGCUACUUGUUCUCCCGCCAGUGCACCCUGCUCAUCUUCCUCCAGAGGCCCUGGGAGGUCACCCAGCGAGCCCUGGAGCUGCUGCACAAUUGUGUCCAGGAGCUGCGCCUGCUCGAGGUGUAUGUGGUCCAGGGGGCGUUGGACUGCUGGGUGUUCCUCAGCUGUCUGGAAGUGCUCCACAGGAUAGAGGGCUGCUGCGACCGCGCCCAGCUAGAGGCCAACUGCUCCCACACUGUCGGCCUGUGGACCUACGCCACAGAGAAGCUGAAGUCUCUGGGCUACCUGUGUGGUCUGGUGGCCGAGAAGGUCCCCACCUCCGAGGACCUAAACCGCACUGUGGACCUUCUGGCUGGCCUGGGGGAAGAGAGACCAGAGACGGUUAACAGCCUGCAGAGCCCUUACAAAAAACUCAAUGAGGCCUUAUCGUCUGUGGAGGCGUUUGAAAAACACUAUCUGGAGCUGUCUCAUGCUGCUAUGGAGAUGUACAGAGCCAUAGGCAGGAUGCGCUCUGCCCGGCUCAUUGGGAAGAGUCUAGCUGAGUUUUACAUGAAGAAAGGUGACCCGGAGAGAGCAGAGGGCUUCCUUGAUGACUCUCUGAGGUCAUACGUGGCAGAGGGGUGGAGCCUGCAGGUGACUCAUACCAGGAAGCAGAUGGCCGAGUGUCAGAAGCUCCUGCAGCAGACUGAAGACUACCUGCAGACCAGUGCCUUGCUAGCGGGCGAUGCCAACCUGACAGAGGAGGAGAGGAAGCACUUCUGCCAGGAGAUCCUUACCUUCGCCAGCCAGCCCCCGGCACCCUCGGACCAGACUGUGGCUCUGAGCAUGGCGGCGUUCGCCCAGCUGCGUCAGAUGCAGUUCAGCCCGCCUGGCGCCGUGGUGCACGUGGGUGCCGCCUUGCAGCUGGAGCUGCGCGUACGCUGCCUGAUGCCUGUGGCCGUGCAGGUGGAGCAGCUGGCUGCCACUCUCCACUUCAGCCUGGAGCAGGGCGGGGCGAGGGGCCGGGCGGGCAGUGCCCAGAGGAGGACGGGCCAGGGACCACAAGGCCAUGGGGACGGGGUGGUCCUGUUCCCCCAGGGAAGCCCCCUAGCUGGGGUCGGGAUGGGCGCUUUGCUACCCCCCGCCCUGGAGCUUUACGAAAUGCAGGACCGCAGCCUGUCGGACAGCUCGCUCAACUCCACGGGGGUGGUGUGUAAGAACAUGCACCUGCUGCUACGGCGCCACGACAGCUCAGCCUCCCUGGACACGCCCACCGCCGGGGCCCUCCCGGCAGCGGUCGCUGUGGACGACGGGGCCCAGAUGUUAAGGGCACGUGACAUAACACUGCAGCCCGGCGACAACAGCAUCUUGUUCACGGCCCCGACUGGAGAACCGGGCUCGUACACGUUACGUCAGCUGUGCGGGAGCGUGGGGAGAGUCCAGUUUGUCCAGUCUCACAUCUACCCUGUGGUGCAGUACGAGGUCUACUCCCAGGAGCCUCAGCUCACCAUCGAGCCCCUCUCAGACAACCUGUUGGCAGGCAUUCCCCAGAAGGUGAAGUUCACCAUAGCAACAGGCCACUACAGUGUGAAGAAGGGUGAUGCGCUGCAGCUUAGCAAUACAGACUCCAUGCCCAUCCUCCACUCUAGCUGCUGCUCUGCUACCGUCCUGUCCAGCACGGGAGAGCGCAUGGGGGAGAGUGCUCUAUCCAUCCAGUCAUCGGAGAAGGUGACCAGCAUCUCCCUGCCCCCCACCCCUCCCUACCACACCCUGGAGUUCCAGCUGGAGGUGCUGUGCCACAUCCCCCCCACGCCUUUCAAGCCCGACAUCGAGCGUCUCACCAACGGCGAGGUCUGCCACCGGCCCAAGAGCCACAGCCACGCAGACAGUGGCAUGAUCAACAUCGACCAGAAGGUCUCCAUCGACUGUCCUUGGUCCAUCUACUCCACUCUCAUAGCCCUAACCUUCUAUGUCCCUUUCAAAGCCAAGCACUCAAUACUCUCUGCUGGGAAAAGGAAGUACAUACAGGUGUGUCUCCAGAACGUGUCCGACACAAACUUCCACCUGGCAGACCCGGUCCUCACAGAGCGCCAGCCCGCGGUCUCGAUGGAGCUGCUCUCACUCAAUGUUAAAACACAACAGCCGGUGUGCAGUCAGCAGUCGGUGUUCUGCCUGUGGGAGAUGCGUUGGGCCAAACCCCUCCCGCUGUGUCUGCAGUGUGCGUUCUCCGCGAGCUUCGCGCCCGUCUCCGCCUCGGACGCACACACAGCCUUCAGACCCUACCGCUACGAGUUCCAGCUGGACCGGGUCUCUACCCUUUACAGCUUGAAGGCCGAGAUCUUGCCGCCGUCCGGCGACCAGCACUGUCGCACCGGCACCCUCUGUGGCCUCGAGGUGUCCAUCACACGGCAGGCGGAGCCCAGCGAGACUGAAGGGGAGGAGGAGGAGUCUACAGAAAUAGAGGGCCUGAGGACCACCAAGCUCAUGUAUGAAGUGGUGGACAACAGCAGUAACUGGGCGGUGUGUGGCAAGAGCUCGGGGGUGGUGUCCAUGCCCGUGGCUGCCAGCGCCACACACAGGGUUCAGAUGGAGGUCAUGCCCCUGUUCGCCGGUCACCUGCCCUUCCCCAACAUCAAAGUGUUCAAGUACCUGCCCCACAGUGCCGUCCCAGCCAUUCAGCCAGACACAGACAGCUGCUUAGAGAACGACACCAUAUCCCUGCUGGACAAAGGGCUGGACGACCCGGGCGACACGGCCAGCAUCCGCAGCCGAGGCAGCGUCCACUCGGUGGGCAGCGGGGAGCAGCAGCGGGAGCAGCAGAGGGGUCUCCCCAUGCCCCGCCUGGAGCCCUUCAGUCCGGGACAGGUGUUCUAUUGGAGCCAGGGGCGGCAGGUGCUGGUGCUGCCCGUUACUGACGACCACGUGAUGGAGGUUAACGUCACAUGACCCCUGUGGGCCGCUGCCGCACCCCCCCCAUCACGCCUGGACCUCUGUGGUUUGGUUCCUGGCUGUGGUUCUGGAACCGGGAGGUGGCCCGGCAGCAGGGAACUGACACUGGCUCUCCUCUCAGGACUCAUUGCUGGCCAGCCACUAGCCCUGCUCCCGUUCUGACCUGAGUUCCAUCGGCUGUAUUUUUAUCUUGUCAAUCUUUUUCAUAUGAAAAAUAGCCCUCUCUCCCCCCACUGUCAGAGAAGAGGGUUUUGUGUACCUGUAAAACUAGAUCUCUUAUUGGUCCUUGCUCCGUGGACACAGUAAACCUCUUAACUGUUCUGCGUAGAACCCCCCACGCACCUGUGAUCGGGCUUUCUGGUUCCACUGAUCGUCAACACAACCUUCUGUAUGAGGCACGCAUGGACACACUAAUGUGUGUUUGGACAGGGGUGCUUCGGUUUGUGGUUGUUUGUAUCGGUUCGUGUGUGUCUAUGCAUGACACGGCAAGUUGUGAUGGAUGAAGGGAAAGAGCGGGGCCAGUUAAUCGUGUGUGUGUGAGCAAUAUCUACUCCACUUUUCCUCUUGACUCACUUCCAGCCCCAAAACCUGCUGAAUCCUCUUUCCUUUGCUGUAGUCAUAGCGCCACCUUCUGGCCACUGUACAAACUGUUCAAUAAGUACAUAUUAUUCCAGAGGAAUCACUGUACUGACUGUGCAAAGGCUGCACCAAAAACAGUGUCUCAAAGGAAUAUGUUAGAGAGAAAUAUACGUUUUGUUUUCGAGCAGGUGUGAGACGUACUAACGAACACUUGCUUUUGGCUUUGUUCAGGUUUUAGAGUUCACUGAAAUUCACUUAUUUAAGUAUCGGUGAAAUCUGAGAACAAUGGGAGGAAAUUGUACUUGGUUGUUUUCAGUGACUUUUUGGCUGAAAGUGACCUUCUGUUUGAAGUGUUACCAUCAUGUGUUCUGUCUGACUUUGUGGUUUACUUGAAUGCUGAGCAGGUAAAUUCUAUGUUUAGUAAAUGUGGUGUCUGAUUUUUUUUUAAAUCAUUUUUUUCAGACAUUCGCUGUUGCUAACGGUAACUGUCAGGAAGAGCACUUUCUUAUCAUAGCACAAUUCUUUAACAAAAACAACUUGGAAGGAGGGGAAAUUCGCUUGUGUAAAUGCGGUGUUCAUUCGUUUAUUGACCUCUAUUUUUGUACUGUGUCGCCGGACAAGUUCUGGUUGUUGCUCUGUUGGUGUGGUUGGUUGGUAUCUACUGGAGGCCUAUGAGGGCUUUGGGCCUGAGGCCUAAGCACAACCUGUAGCACACCCCUUCAGCUAUACUGUCCUGUAUUCCUCCACCUCUGGGCUUGUAUCUAGCAUAAUCCCACAAACAAACUAGUGCUCACCGCCAGGACGAAAGGCGGAAGACUCGUUCCCUCGAUCUGGCCAGCUUAAUGAAAAAGAACCCCUUCCACUCAGACUCCACCUACAAAACGUACAAUGGCAAGAAAAAGUAUGUGAACCCUUUUGGAAUUACCUGGAUUUCUGCUUAAAUUGGUCAUCAAAUUUGAUCUGAUCUUCAUCUAAGUCACAACAAUAGACAAACACAGUCUGCUUAAACUAAUAACACACAAUUAUACGUUUUCAUGUCUUUAUUGAACACGUUGUGUAAACAUUCACAGUGCAGGGUGGGGAAAGUAUGUGAACCCUUU